AUGAUCCCAGAUUCGUUCCACGAAACUGUAAAAUGGGCUUCAUAUAAAAAUCCUGUUGUUACUAACACAGUUCAAGGAUUUAAUUCAGUGGCAAGUAAACAAUGUGUUGUAAUGAUUUAUAAUAUUGCUUGUAUUUUAAUUUUAUACAUUGAAACUCAAGCAAAUAAUUGAUAGUAGAUUGUUUAAAUUAUUUUGUGUACUUUUUAUUUUAAAAUUAAGAAUUAUUUUGCCUUUUAUUUACUAUUUUUAAACAGAUAGUGUAUUAUACAUCAAAAUUUAAUUAAACGGGUAAAAUUAAUUUGAUUGCUUUGCAUAUAAAAUAUUUAUUGCCACAUAAAAAAAAUUAUAAUCAUACAAAUAUUUACUAACAGAUUUUGAAUCAAUUACACGAAAUUGACAUGUAAUAAUAUUUAUUUAAAUUCAAAUUUCAAUAUAAUUUUGGUGCUCAUGGACUAGGGUGUUGUAAAACAGAUUAAAUCAGACUUUAAAAUCUAAUGUGUAACUACCUAAUAGUUAAUGAAUUAUAAAAUAUUAAAAGAUGCAAUUUGUCAUACAUUGUUGAAUGUGAUUUAUAAUUAGGUACACAAUAUUUGUUUUGAUUAAAUUUAAAAUAAACCUAUUUAAUAUUAUAUCUACUGUUUUUGAAUACUACUGUAUACAUAAAAUUGUUUUAUUUAUAAUUUUCUGUUCAUUGUUUUUAGUUUAUAUUUAUUAUUUGAUAAAAAGAUAAUAGCCAUUGUUGUUUAUUCAAAUGAAAGGAAAUUUAAAUAAUUAAUGCUUUACAUAUAUAUAUCUAGUACAUUAAUUUAUGCAAUUAUUUUUAGUUAAAUUAUCUAGGAUUAACAAGUUGUAGUGAAAAAAAAAACAUAAUGAAGCUUGAAAGUGGUAACAUCAAUUUAUCUCAACUACUAGGAAAAAAUAUAAAUCUCUUUAGAUUAGCUGGUCUCUUUGGUGCAUCAGCUGUUAUUUUAGGAGCAUAUGGGGCUCAUGGUAAGUAAACAAAUUUGCAUUUAAUAAUUAAAAAGUAGCCUAGUCAAUUAUUUUAAUGACUUCUUCUUUUCCUUAGCCUUCAUUCCAACUUUUUAAUGGUUUGCAAACCCUUGUUAUAAACUUUCACUUGAUCCGCUCUUCCAUCUCGCAUACACUAGCUGUUUUUGUAUCAUUAUAAAUCGCGCCCAAAUACUUUUUCGGUCUACCUCUUCUCUUCUACGUUAAUUUUCAUUACAAUUCUUACUACUUCAGAUUCCUCUCUCCCCAUGACAUGCCCAAACCAUCUCAUUUUAUCUACUUUCGAAGCCACACCUAAACUACCUCUUAUUAUGCUACCCCUUAUCCUAUCUUCUCUCUUUACUUCACUCAUCCAUCUAAGCAUUCAUAUCUAUUCUACAUUUAUUCUCUGUUGUAUUUUUUUGUCUGUCGCCCAGCACGCUGAAUGAAUAUCGGUUUCAUCACACUUUUGUAAAAUUAAACUUAAUCUAUAUUUGAUAUCCUCAUGAAAGACACCAUCCUUUUGUACAAAAGAUCUUAGAUACUUAAAUCACUGAAUUUUGCCCAUAACUGUUUAAUGUUGGAUUUUUUUUUUAAAUCUCUUUUAAUAAAAAUAAAUAAUAUUCACUUUUUUGUUUCCUUGUAUACUGCAAUUAUCGGAAAUAAAUAGAGAACAUUUUUAUACUUAUUUUUAAAAUGCCUUAUUGUACUAAUGUAUUAUAAUAAUACAAAUAAUGUAUAUAAUAUAGUACUUAUAUGAUAAGUAUAAAGUUUCUAUGCGGAUUAUUAAUUUUAGUUUUUAUGUUUUUAGUUGUAGCUCAUAAAGCUAGUCCAGAAGAAGCUCGAAAUUUUGAAACAGCAAAUCGUUAUCAUUUUUUUCAUACAUUUGCAUUGUUUGGUGUUCCAUUUUGCCGUUUUCCUAAAAUUGUAAGUAUAUUUUAAAGUAACUUUACUCGGGCUAUCUCGAAGAUGACAAUUAUGGUACACAGAGUCUGAAAAAUACCGAUUCUUACUACUAGGGUCAGAGGGGACUCUUAAGCUAUUUGUUAAUAAUCAUACAUUUGUAGUUUACUUUCUUUAGAUCCUUUUAUUUUUGCCCUACAAUUUGGGUCAUAAUAUAUUCUGUCCUUGUUUUGUUUUCAUAUCUCUUGCAACAUCUAUCAAAUGUUUCUUUUAGUAAACUUUCAUACCUAAUUAAAAAUAAUACUUUUUAAAUCACUAUGUGUCAUAAAUACACACAAAAAGUUAUAAUAUUCCAUGCUAAGUUUUUCGGGAGGGGGAGGGGGCUGGUGUUUAUACAUUAUAUAUAAUUAAAAUAUUAUUGUUAUUAUUAUUUUCAGACUGGAGCUCUUUUUGUUAGUGGUAUUAUACUAUUUUGCGGGACCUGUUAUUACAAUGGUCUGACUGCAGAUAAAUCUUUCAACAAAUACACGCCUACUGGUGGCAUGUUAUUAAUUGCUGCUUGGUUAUCCAUGGUUCUAUAG